AAAGCCAAAUCACUUUUUAAACUAUUAAUUUAGUAUAAUUGACCGAUAAUCUGUGAUAUCACGAAUGAUACAAUCAGAAUCACAGAGUAUGAAAUAGUGGUAAUGGAUAAAAUAUUCGUUACAUAAGUUAAGUUGAAAUAUAUAUAAAAAGUUGUUUAAGUAGAAUGUUUCAGUAGUUUAUUCUUUCACUCUACUGUAGAUAAUUUUCACAGUUAAAAAAGAAGUAGAUUUUAAAAACAUUUUUAAGGUUAAGUUUAAUAGUUGUCAAAUACAUGACAAAUUGUACUGAUAUUUUGAACGUGGCUGUUAAAUAUUUCAAAUAACCUGUUAGAUAUAAUUUUAAAAUUAAUAUGCUCCAAUACUUAAUAGCGAUAACUUCAUUAUUAUUCAUUUCCAUAUUUUCUACAAGUGCUCAAUUAUUGGAAGGGAUAUAUUGUGGUAAAGAAAAUUGUUAUGAUGUACUUGAAAUCACAAGAGAGGCAACGAAAAGUGAAAUAUCCAAAAAUUACCGAAAACUGGCAAAGCAGUAUCAUCCUGAUCUUCAUAGAACACCAGAGGCCAAGGAGAAGGCGGAGGAACGAUUCAAAAUAAUAGCAAAUGCCUAUGAAAUCUUGAAAGAUGAAGAAACUCGUACCGAUUAUGAUUAUAUGUUGGAUAAUCCCGAUGAGUAUUACGCCCAUUAUUAUAGGUAUUACCGAAGAAGAGUAGCUCCUAAGGUAGAUGUUCGAAUUGUUUUAAUUGUUACAAUUUCAAUAAUAUCAGCAAUACAAUAUUACAGUGGAUGGCAGAGAUAUGAUACUGCCAUUAAGUAUUUCAUGACGGUGCCAAAGUAUAGAAAUAAAGCUUUAGAAAUUGCUAAAGAAGACGGACUUUUGCUUCAUGAUAAGAAAGCUCGAAAAAGUAAAAAAGAAUCAAAAGAAGAAACAGAAGGAAUAAUUAAAAGGGUAAUAGAAGAUAAAAUGGAUAUAAAAGGAGCUUAUGCAAAACCGACCAUAAUGGAUAUUCUUUGGAUUCAGUUAAUUAUGCUUCCAUACACAAUUACUAAGUAUAUUUAUUGGAAUUUAUCUUGGUUUUGGAGACACACAGUACUGAAACAAGAAUACAAUGAUGAAGAAAAAUUGUAUAUUAUAAGAAAAUUUAUGAAAAUGAGUGAACAUCAAUUCAAUAGUCAAGAAGAUGACAAAAAGCAGGAAUUUUUAGAUCAAGAAUUAUGGAUAAGAGAAAAGUUCAAUGAAUGGUAUAAACAAGAAGAAGAAAACACCAAAAGGCAAAUGGCUGAAAGUAAUAAAUAUAAACAAUAUAGACGUUAUAUUAAAAAUCAUGGAGUUGGAAGAAUGACAUUUGAUGAUUCUUAAUUUUGUAUUAUUAUUAGGGAUAUUUCAACAAAUUUAAAUCUAUUAUUUAUUUUUUUUUGUACUAUUCACAUCCAUUUUAGUAAAAUCUCUACUGUUUUCUUUUCUUUUUUUUUUUCUCUCCAGCUUAGAUACAAUAUAAACUACACUAACCAGCAAAAUUCGCUCAAAAUUUGUUUAUUGACUGAAACUUUAAUAAAAGUACCUCAGAAUUCUUCUAUUGGCUUAAUUUUGUUGUUACACAAUGUUUUGUUAUUAGAAUUAUCUGAAAAUAUACAGCAGCCACAGUCUUGCAGUUUUCAUUGGUGAUAUCUCUGUAAAAAAAGUCUUCAGCAGUUUGUUGCAAUUUUUUUGAUAGAAUACCAAAUUACUUCACAAUCUUUGCGGUCUUCUUUUUUUCGGUUGUUAGGUUGUAUCCACUGGAAUAUUAUCUUGAGGCCAUCCAUCUGCAUACAUUUUCAUAAGGUACCUGAACCAUUUAAGCAAUUUUUUUUCAAUCCUAUCUAGUGCAGUAUUAUUUGUUUCAAUUUGGCCUCAGUGUGAGCCUGUACUUCAUCGAAAAUUCGCCUUCAAACUGAUCUGUUCUUCACCAAAUUUCCUCAUCCUCUUUUAUUCAAUGUUUGUAAGUAUUUGUGAACUUGAUCUAAUACGGGGUCUACCCGCUUUUCCUCCAUUCUUUGAAUGUGGCCAAACCUUUUCAACCUCUGGGCUUUAAUGAAUGGGAAUGUCUACUAUUUCAUCUAUUUCUCUAUUAUUUUGGAUCCCUCCAACCUGCUUCUAUAAUAGUUUAAGUUCAUCAAACUAUUAAAUAUAACUUUAAGCAGAUAUAACAUAUUGCAUUAACAUUUUAAAGAGGAUGAUUCAGUUAACUCAUACAUUUAUUAUUUUCUCAAUUAAUUUGGAGUACUUAAGCCGGUACUACACGAUGCGUCCAACGUUUGCGACAAUAUUCGCGACAUAUUAUAAGCUAGUACAGAGAUAAUUGAUUAUUAUUAAAAUGUACGUGAUGUAAAAAA